AUUCCAGAAGAAGCGUCGCAGUUUCUUCGCUGUUAGAGUCCAAAGACAAGUAGUUCUGCCGGACCUGAGCUCCCGUGGACACGCCGUCUGGAAGUCUGAAGACCCCAGGAAGUUUUUCCUACGUCUUUUAGCUAUUCUUCGCUCUCCAACCGUUCGAGGAGUCAGGUUUGACAUUAAACGCUGCGGACCCUUUUUAUUAAAUUUAGUUACCGUUAGCCGAAUUGUCAAAAAUGUUGAGUGUCGCUAGAAGCGUUUCAAGGACUCUCCCGACAAGGAACUGUACAAGACACGUGUCCUCUUUGAUCAAGAAGGCAUGCUGGACUGGCUUCCAACCUGAUGCUCUCAGAGCCCUGUCCAGGAGAGACUAUGCGUCAGAAGCCAUCAAGGGCGCAGUCAUUGGCAUUGACCUGGGAACGACCAACUCAUGUGUUGCAGUCAUGGAGGGGAAGCAGGCCAAGGUGUUGGAGAACGCAGAGGGAGCCAGGACAACUCCAUCUGUCAUCGCCUUCACAGCAGAUGGGGAGCGUCUGGUGGGCAUGCCAGCUAAGCGCCAGGCUGUCACCAACCCUGAGAACACUUUGUAUGCCACCAAGAGACUGAUCGGACGUCGCUAUGAUGACCCCGAGGUCCAGAAAGACCUGAAGAACGUGCCCUACAAGAUUGUCCGUGCAUCCAAUGGUGAUGCUUGGGUGGAGGCUCACGGGAAAAUGUACUCUCCUAGCCAGGCCGGCGCUUUCGUCCUCAUGAAGAUGAAGGAGACUGCAGAGAGCUACCUGGGAACUAAAGUGAAGAACGCUGUCAUCACUGUACCAGCCUACUUCAAUGAUUCUCAGAGACAGGCCACCAAAGACGCCGGUCAGAUCUCUGGUCUGAACGUCCUGCGUGUGAUCAAUGAGCCGACAGCCGCCGCUCUGGCCUACGGCCUGGACAAGACUCAGGAUAAGAUUAUUGCUGUCUAUGACCUUGGUGGAGGUACGUUUGAUAUCUCAGUCCUGGAGAUCCAGAAAGGAGUUUUCGAGGUGAAGUCCACCAACGGUGACACCUUCCUGGGAGGAGAAGACUUUGACCAGCACCUCCUCAAACACAUCGUCAAGGAGUUCAAGAGAGAGUCCGGCGUGGAUCUGAUGAAAGACAACAUGGCUCUUCAGAGAGUCCGAGAGGCUGCCGAGAAGGCCAAGUGUGAGCUGUCCUCUUCGCUGCAGACUGACAUCAACCUCCCCUACCUGACCAUGGACGCCUCUGGCCCCAAGCAUCUCAACAUGAAGCUGACCCGCUCGCAGUUCGAGGGCAUUGUGGCCGACUUGAUCCGCCGCACUGUGGCCCCCUGUCAGAAGGCCAUGCAGGACGCAGAGGUGUCCAAGGGAGACAUCGGAGAGGUGCUGCUGGUCGGAGGCAUGACCCGCAUGCCCAAGGUUCAGCAGACAGUUCAGGACCUGUUUGGUCGCGCUCCCAGCAAGUCUGUCAACCCCGAUGAAGCCGUCGCCAUAGGAGCCGCCAUCCAGGGCGGCGUCUUGGCUGGUGAUGUCACUGACGUGCUGCUGUUGGACGUGACACCACUGUCGCUGGGCAUUGAGACUCUGGGUGGAGUCUUCACCAAACUCAUCAACAGGAACACCACCAUUCCCACCAAGAAGAGCCAGGUGUUCUCCACAGCUGCUGAUGGACAGACUCAGGUAGAGAUCAAGGUGUGCCAGGGAGAGAGAGAGAUGGCAGCGGAUAACAAGGUGCUGGGUCAGUUCACCCUUGUGGGAAUCCCCCCCGCCCCCCGCGGGGUGCCUCAGAUCGAGGUCACCUUCGAUAUUGACGCCAACGGCAUCGUCCACGUCUCUGCCAAGGACAAGGGCACAGGCCGCGAGCAGCAAAUCGUGAUCCAGUCAUCAGGAGGCCUCAGUAAAGACGACAUCGAGAACAUGAUCAAGAAUGCUGAGAAGUAUGCAGAGGAGGACAGGAGGAGGAAGGACCGUGUGGAGGCCGUCAACAUGGCUGAGGGAAUCAUCCAUGACACAGAGUCCAAGAUGGAGGAGUUCAAGGACCAGCUUCCUGCUGACGAGUGCACCAAGCUGAAGGAGGAGAUCUCAAAAGUCAGAAAUCUUCUGGCCAACAAGGAGUCUGAAACAGGAGAGAACAUCAAACAGGCAGCAACAAACCUGCAGCAGGCGUCACUCAAACUCUUCGAAAUGGCCUACAAGAAGAUGGCAGCAGAGCGUGACAGCAGCAGCAGCAGCAGCUCCAGCUCAGAGGGAGAGAAGAAAGAAGGCCAGCAGUAGACCUUUGCACUUUGUUGUCACAUGGUUUUCAUGACAAUGGAGGACUGUUGGGGCUCAGGGUGGGGAGGGUGGAUGGACUGGGUGGGGAGGGUGGCAGUCUUGAGUGGCGAGCUGAAACUUAGUCAUUCAGACCGUAAGAUAUUAUUAUUAUUUUGCUGUGUUUUGGCAGUAAAAUCUUCCAGCGAAAGGAUAAAUGUCAGUUGUUUGCUCUUCCAUGUCCUAUGAUAUCCUGUCUGUUUGUAAUUUAAUUGUCUCAGAAACAAUGUCCUGUAUGUUUUGUUUUUUCUUCCAAAGCUGUUAAUUUGCAUUCUGAGGUAGUAAAAGUAAUUUUUUUGUCUAAGA